AUCGAAUUAACUUCCAUCUGUUCUUUUGAAAAAUAACAAUGGCGGUAACAAGAACAACAAAGCGGGUUAUCCGUGAAUAUGGAAACCCUAUAACCAUGAAUUACGUCCAAACCCUACUAUUGAUGGGUUUAGCCCGACCCAGCUCCACGAAAAUGGUUGCCGGCGCUUUCUACAUACCCAAACACAACCCUUCCAUGCCCCUCGGCCAAGACUCCCACUUCAUCCUUCCCGGGGCCCACACCGUCGGAGUCGCAGACGGCGUCGGCGGCUGGUCCAAGAGAGGCAUCGACGCCGGGAUCUACGCCAGGGAACUCAUGCGCAACGCCGUGUUGGCCAUCCGGCGGCAGCUCCAGUCGGAGGGGAGCGUGGACCCCACCGCGGCCCUCGACGAGGCCUACGUGGACACCGACGAGCCGGGGUCCUCCACGGCGUGCAUAUUGACUCUAGUCGACGACGUCGUCCGCGCCGUCAACGUCGGGGACAGCGGGUUCGUGAUCCUGCGUGGAGGGCGGGUUUGCUACCGGACUCCGGUCCAGCAGACCCGGUUCAACUGCCCGGUCCAGCUCGGGCGGGACUCCGACGACUCGAGCGUCGCCGAGGAAAUCGAGGUGGCCGUGGAGCCCGGAGAUGUCGUCGUCAUGGCCACUGACGGGUUGUUCGACAACGUCCAUCAAGAGGAACUCGAGCGGUUGGUUCAAGAGGAUGCCGCCGGCGGCGGAAUUAAAAACCCCGGGAAUCUGGCGGCGAAGAUAGCGAGAUACGCCCUUCGGAAUGCGAUCAAUGGGGAAAUCGAGACUCCUUUCUCGGUGGAGAGCAGAAAGGCGGGGGUCGACCCGGAAGCCGUCGGCGGCAAGUACGACGAUAUCACGGUGAUUGUUGCUUACAUUAUGCGACCCUCCAAAAAGCGCCGCCGAAUGAACCAGUAAUUCAUGCCACUCUGAUUCGACAAGUCUUUUUGGCGGGAGCUGAG